AUGGCCAAAAAGAAGGGCAACGUUCGGCACCUACGCGAGGUGCCAUGGUGGCCUCAAGAAUCCGAGACUUCCGUCAAGGACCUAUCCGAUGAACACAAACUUCAAAACACAAUUCCAGGCGAAGAGCUUUUCAAAGCUUUGGCGAGCAUCAGACUUGAUCCUAAAUAUAGCGACUUGACUAUUGUUUGCGGCCGCGACGAAUAUGCUGUGCACAAAUGCAUAGUAUGCACACGAUCGGACUUUUUUAGGAAAGCUUGUGAUGGUAAUUUUGAGGAGUCUUCCACCAACAGGAUCGUAUUGCAAGAAGAACCCGCGCUAGUUGAGCAAAUGAUUGAGUACUUUUACUCCCUGGACUACCAGGUAAAAUCGGGCGGUUAUCCAGACUCCGAUCACGAAAUAACUGAUGGAACCUCACUUAACGAAGAUACCCACAGCACGACUACUGCAGGGGAUCGUUCUUCCCAACAUUCAGACAGUGAGAUGGAUCCGAAGAGAGCAAACAAACCCAAGGACUUAGCUGAAGAUUCGACAAUUUCCUUCGACCCCUUAUCAUUUCACAUUUUGAUGUACUCGCUCGCAGACCGGAUGUUUAUUGAUGGGUUGAAAGCUAUUUCGAAGGAAAAAGUCAGAAAAGAGUUGAGACAACGAUUGGACCCAGAUGCAUUUCCCCAGGCAAUAUUUGACAUCUACAACUCAACACCCCCGACUGAGCGUGGUCUACGAAACUUGGCCGUAAAUAUGACCAUGAGUCAUCUUACUGAGCUAAGGACCAGCAGUGAAUGCAGUCGUGUGGCUUUCCCAGACCGCUUGGUGACGGAGAUCCCACAGUUUUCUUCCGACUUGCUUGUGGCGGUGAUGAAUAAGUCGGUAUCUGAAUGGAAUCAGUGGGGAUAA